AUGGGUUGGACAGAGCGGCUACGGCCCUCCAAGGAGCCCGCCGUCACGACUGUUUACACGCAGAGCAACGACUCCAGCCCUAAUGCAUCCUCCGAGGACCAGCCCAGCGUCAUUUACGACGGCGAGCUGACGUUUAACCGCGUCAAGGGUGGAAAUGGCUCGGGCGCGGCAUACCAAGAAGCAGCUGGUGCGCCAGUCGAAAGCAACUCGCCGCUGGGAUACCAUGUCGGCUGGGCCACCAUCAUCUUCCUCAACAUUAACCAAAUGAUUGGCACUGGUAUCUUCUCAACCCCUGGAAGCAUUCUCAAUGCUACGGGCUCGGUCGGCCUCGCACUUAUAUACUGGGUCAUUGGCGCCAUCAUGGCCGUCGCUGGCUUCGGCACAUAUCUCGAGCUCGCAAGCUAUUUUCCCAAUCGUAGCGGGUCUCAAGUCGUCUACCUCGAGCAGGCAUACCCGCGACCGAAAUACUUCCUACCCAUUGCUUUCGCCGUACAGUCUGUGAUUCUCUCAUUCAGCAGCAGCAACGCAGUGGUCUUGUCGCGCUACGUCUGGCGUAUCGCGGGUAAAACGCCUACGGAUUGGGAAAUGAAAGGUGUCGCCAUCGCUGCAUAUACGGCUGCCGUCAUUUGCGUCAUUGUGCAUAACCGAUACUCCCUCUGGACUGUCAAUGUGUUGGGCGCUUUCAAGGUUGCGACCCUGAUCUUCAUCAGCAUCACUGGAUUCGUCGUCCUCGGCGGAGGAGUUGGCCGUGUUCCUCAACCGGGCGCCAACUUCAGAAAUGCUUUCCAGGGCACCACCAACAACGGCAACGAUCUUUCUACCGCGCUCGUUAGCAUCGCUUUCUCGUAUAGCGGCUAUCAGAAUGCAUUCAACGUCGUCAACGAGAUCAAAAAUCCCGUGCGCACCAUCAAAAAGCACGGUCUCAUCUCUGUUGCUAUUGUUUCUGUCCUGUACAUGCUCUGCAACAUUGCGUACUUUUCUGCUGUUGACAAGGAGGCAUUUGCUCAGUCCAAGGAGAUUGCUGCUGCUGUCUUCUUCACCCAAGUUUUUGGCUCGGGCGCGGCAGAGACCGUCUUGAACGUUUUGGUACUUCUCAGUGCAUACGGCAAUCUGCUGGCGGUAUUAAUUGGCCAGUCGCGCAUGAUUCGAGAAAUCGGACGGCAAGGAGUCCUGCCGGGCACCAACUUUUGGGUGUCGACAAAGCCGUUUGGGACGCCAAUUGGGCCAUAUGCGCUGAAAUGGGCCAUGACGUUUAUUAUGAUUGUUGCACCACCAGCUGGCGAUGCCUUUACGUUUGUCGUCUCUUUGCAGACUUACCCUGAUAGCAUGUUUGUCUUUGCCAUGGCGAUUGGUGUUUUCAUCCUCCGGCGCCGGCGCAAGAAGAACAAUAUUCCCAGAUCGCAGUUUCAAGUCUGGGAUAUUUUGCUUAUUUUCUUUACUCUGAUUCAAGUAUUCAUCUUGGUCAUGCCGUGGUGGCCCCCCAAGGGAGGUCCGUACGCUGGCGACGUUAGCUUCUGGUACGCCACUUACUGCGUCGUUGGCAUCGGCAUCGUUAUCCUCUGCGCGCUAUACUACGUGGCAUGGAUGUAUGUACUCCCCAAGUGGCUAGGGUACAGAAUACGCGCAGAGACCGUGACAGCAGAAAAUGAGACGACUGCCACGCACAGGCUUGUCAAGGUACCUUUAGCAGAAGUCGCGCAAUGGGAUGCAGAGCAUACUGAGUCUGGGGAAUUGCAACGCUCGGGCACUAGGACGGAGUCUGAUAGUGCUAAAGAGCAGGAACGCCAGAGUAAACAAGUUGACCUUUGA